GUUUACAUGAAAGCUUCCUGACAUGGUGCAGAUUGUAAAAAUCUUGGCCCCGAUAGGUUGAGGCCACAAUAGGGAUCAAACUUUUACAUGCAAAUAUAUAGGAAAAAUCUUUAGAUAUGAACCAAGGUGACUCGGUGAGCGAUGUGGCCCAUGGGCCUCUUGUUUCUGUUUUCAGUUUGCAGAGAGCACCAUCAUCGAUUUUCCUGAACACAAUGAAGGAAAAAUGAUUUGUGUUGUGUACGAAGACCAUGGGGGCCUGGGCUUUAACAGGCCAUUUAAAAAAAAUGACACUGUGAAGAGUGUUUACAGUUGGAUAAUCAGUCCAAUAGAUCCGGAGAUUCUUCCCCCUGUCUUUCACUUAGAAUGCUUUGCACCAACAAACUGCCAGAGUAAAAACUGUCCCCACAUAUAUGAAUUGGCUAAAGACCACAAAGUUUCUGUGGAUGAGCUUCCAGAUGUUUUGUAUCUGCGUGAAGGAUAUUUUGCAGUAGAUGAUACUUUUACUGGUUUUGGAGAUGUCCUUAUUUAAUCAGCACAUAGACCCUAGCCAUGAACAUACAAGAAUAACUGGAAAGAAGCUCCUUUUGCAGACUGUAAUUUUUUUAUUUUUUAUUUUUUAUUUUUUUUUUAUUUUUAUUGUUCGUCUAAUCACAUUUGCAAUUGUUAUGUCGGAUGCUGUAACUAGCCGCUUCACAUAUAUAUUGUAUAAUAUUUUUGGUUUCAAUAUCAGGAAUAAGUACUGGGUAUACUGUGUAAUAUAAUCAUGUAUGAGUGUUAUGUCGGGUGUGGUAAUAGGGUGCUUCACAUAUAUUAUAACAUAUCCUCUGAAUUCUUUUUUAUUAAAAUGGUCAUUGUGACAUUGAUUCAUGAUAUAAAAUUUAAUUCCUGUUUGUUUUUUAGUCAUGAAAAUUAAGUCUGCAAAUCUUCAUUAUCAUAAAUUUCAAACUACAGUGUACCAUCCUUUUUGCUCUCUAUUUUUGUUGUUGUAAAUCUUAAAUCAAAGUAGCCUUUUGUAUAAAGUGUUUUCAUUUUCAUGGUGCAAGCCUCAUCUUCAUAAAAUACAAACGAGGGUAUUUAAUUGAAUAAUGUUUAACAUGUAUAGAAAUAAAUUAUGAAAAUUCA